ACAGUAUAUAAAGAGAUGUUAAUUUGGUUAAAUAUUAAAAAAAAGUUUGGUUUGAAAUUAGUUUGCAAUUGUUUAAACUAAAUUUUCAAAAAUGCCAAUCGAUCUGUACUUCUUAAGCAUAAGCCCUCCGUGUCGGGCGGUGUUGAUGACAGCCAAACACCUCGACAUUGAAGUCAAUAUUAAAAUUGUUGAAUUACUUAAAGGCGAACACUUGAUGCCUCAAUAUUCAAAGCUCAACCCCGCCAAAAAGGUGCCCACAAUAGUGGACGGGGAUCUGGUUCUGUGGGAAAGUCGAGCCAUAAUGCAAUACCUGUGCAAUAAAUACGCCCCCAAUAGUACUCUAUACCCGUCUAAUCCCAAUGAGAGAGCAAUAGUGGAUCGUUGGCUCAACACUGAUAUGUCUUAUUUCACCGCUAAUAAGGAGGCGCUUGUUAUGAAAGCCCUGUUUGGUAUAGUGCCGACUGACCAACAGAUCACUAAUUAUAAAAACUCAUUGAAACUGAUUGACACGUUAAUUGGUAAUAAUAAGUAUGUGGCCGGUGGUGAGCACUUGACUAUCGCUGACCUGUCUGUAUUGGCCACCACUACACUCCUAUCUAUCAAUGAUUUUGAGGAUUUCAAUGAUCACCCAAACCUC